UGUAUGUGUCGAAUGUAAAUUCUCACAACUUGUCAAGUGCUAUUCACGAGUCUCAUUUCACCACUUCCAUUAUUGAAAUGUUAGUACAACUAUCACUCUUAUCUCAGUUUUCAUAAAAUACGCCAAAAUUCUUGGUGCGUUUUCUAUCAAUAUUCAGGAGCCUAUAGCCUACCCUGUACUCAAGUUUUACACCACCAUUCAUCCUCCACCGUUAUCAUCAUCAUCACUAUUAUAAUAACUUCACCACACACGACCCAGAGGCAGCAAACAUGGGUGGAAGAGUGAGCAAAAGUGGGAGGAGUUCUUCUGAGAAAUAUGUGAUGAAUUUGAAGGAGAAAGUUAGGGUCUUGCAAGAGGAGAUCAAGGAGAUGAUGUAUGAGAGGGAGAAGGACAGUAGAAGCUAUGAGAGAGACAUAAUGGUGUUCACUUUCAAGGAGGCAGAUUGGAAGCAAGAGGGUAAGAGGCUGAGGGAAGAGGUGAAGCAGUUGAGGAGUUUGGUAGAAGAGAAGGAUGAGAAGAUAAGAGAGAUUGAGGUUGGAUUGAUGGAGAAGAACAGUCAGAAAGAGUGGGAAUUGAUGGGAACUAAGCUCUUGGUUGAACAGAUGAAGGAGGAGAGAGCAAGAAGAGAUGAAGCUGUCGAGAAGUGGAAGCAACUAUAUCUUGAAAUCAAGAAUGAGCUUGAUGAACUCAUUCAAAGAACAUACGAUGGGGAUGGUUUGUAUUGGAAAGCAGAGGAAAAUGACAUAGAAAUGGAAAAUCUGAGAAAGGAAUUGCAAGAAAAGGAGGAAACUGUGAAGGUCUUAAAAUUCCAAUUACUUGCAAUGGAGAAAGAGAAGAACAAAAAGGAGAGGGAGUUUGACCUGUUAAGGCAAAGCCUGAGGAUUAUGAAUGGCAAGAAGAGUUCAAUUCAAACCAAAGAGAGUCUCUUGAGGAGCAAAUUGGGAAAAUGAAAAUGAAAAUGCAAACACAUUGCACACAAAACCUAGGUUUUUUCAUAUCCAAAAUUGAAAAAUGUGGUUCAGUAUGUAUUAUUAUUAUUAUUAUUGUAUACUGGGUUAGUGGGUUUGUUUGUAUUUUUCAAAAGCACCUAUUUUUCUUUCAAUUUUUUCUUCCCUUCUUUUUCUGUAGAAAAAUAAACAAGCAGAAGAAAAAAAAUGUUCUUCUUGACCAUUGCAGGAAACAGAACAAAGAGGAAGAGUAGCAGUUUUUUGUUUCCUUGUGGACUAGUUUAGGUGUUGAAUAUGGCAGAGUCUAAGGACUAGUGAAGGAAAGAUACAGAGAAUAUGGUUAUUUAUUUAUUUACUUACCUAUUUUUGUUUGCAUUAUUAAAGUUAGUUUCUAAUAGAAGUUUCUGUUCCUCUUA